UAGACAUAAAAUUGCAUACAAUUUUGUUAGAAUAAAAAUCUUUCUAUCAAUCGGAUUAUUUUGAAAUCAUUUAUUUUUACAAACCCAUGGAAAACGGGAGAUUCGAUCUCUGGCAAUAAUAAUAUUGAUAAAAGAGGAGACAGCCUUCGAAUUAUUUGAUCCCAGUUUACACGUAUUUUUGCAAAAAUACUAAUUUCAAAAAAUGUCACGCCCAACAAUUUUAUUUUGUGGGGUGGUUUUGCUUGGUCUUGUUCCGCUCGUUGUCAGCGUGGGAUCCAAUGAGCAAGUUUCAUCGAUUCACUUUUACUCUCAUUUUUCAUUUUUAGUAAUUUCUUGCAUGUAUAAUUCUAAUUUAAUUGCGUCUUUCAGUAUAGAGCAAGGUCUUAGCAAGAACAAGCCCACCACCCACAAGUUUAUCAACUAUUGCUACAAGGGCUGCAACGAGUCUCUGGACGAUGACAAGCAAUAUAAUGAGGUAGAUUGGGACAAGUACCAGGAUUCACAUUGUAGUGACAACAAUCAGAGCCCUAUAAAUAUUAUACCGGCGCAAGUGUGGAACAACGCCAAAAUAGAAUGGAGGUUAUCGCACCAUUAUUCCGCGUAUCACGACAGAGUCGAAGUCAUGAAUGAUGGAAUAUUGUUUGUAAUCAGAACAUCUACUUUGAACGAGGCUAUUGUAUUCUCUGUGCAUUAUGGAGAACAGGAAGAAGACGUUGCGGUUUAUCUUCUGAACAAUGUACAUUUUCAUUGGGGAGAUAACGCAUUGACGGGUUCUGAACACGCAAUUGACGGAAAAAAAUACGCUGCAGAAAUUCACUUGGUCCACACUCUAGAAGGAACGACGGACAAAGAUUACAAGAAUAAGAACAAGGCAGAGAAAUUUGACACCAUUUUUGCAAUCGCAAUUUUAGUCGAGGAAGGAGAAAGGGAUGAAAGCUUUUCUCCAAUCGAGGGUAUGUUGAAUAAUAACUUGGAUCCUUCAUCAGCCACACUUUCCGAGUCUUUCAGUAUUUACGCACUGAUAAGCAAGCUCUUGAACCAGGGAGACAAAAACGUGUACUACAGCUACCACGGAUCUUUAUCCGCUCCCUCCUGUGAUGAAAUAGUGACCUGGGCUGUAUUCAAACACCCAAUCCAAUUAUCAAGAAGACAGUUGAAUGGAUUAAGAACGAAAGUGACGACCAAGUUUAACUCGCCCAUGGUCAACAACUUUCGUGGAUUGCAAAGUACGAACUCAAGAAAUAUCACUGCUUACUCCCCAAAAAUUGUGAUCAUUGGUCCUGGAAUGCCUGAAGGUGCAUCCACACGAGAGAUGAUGUCGCUGAACUACUACGCCGUCAUGUCCAUCGUACUUAUGCUCAUCAUAUCAAACUUUAUUUAGUUGGGGACCCACUAAACCGAAACAUGUUUCAUGUCUUAAUUCAUUGUGUAUCGAUCGAUGUGGGCAAGUUAUAACCUACUAUAUAUUAAAAUUUAACUUUUCUCUGUUGUUGAA